UAUCAUAAGAACCCUGUCAGUCGUAGAUUUAGAGAUGUCAUGAGCCGAUAAAGCGAAUGUGACAAGUCCACCACCAUCCCCCCUGGACAUGAGUUAGGAUCGAUGAAGCAACGGUGAUAGGCAGAGCAACCAACAACAACAAUGGUAUGAAUCCAAUUAUCUUAUCUUGUUCUUCUGUUCUUUAGUAACAAAGGGUUUUUGAUUUUCAAUCCAAUUAUCAUGCUUUCUUACUUUCGCAGACUAUUCAAAACCUCAACAACUCCUCAUCUUCUUCAACCCUUUUCUUCUUCUUCUUCUUCUUCCCAAAAUCACUCUUUUACAGUCAACUACCUCAUUCAAAAUUGUGGGUUUUCACCAGAAACUGCUUCUAAACUCUCCAAACGAGUUCUUCUCAACAACUCACAAAAACCUGAUUCAGUCCUCGCCUUAUUCAAAUCCUAUGGUUUCUCUAAUUCCCAAUUAUCAUCUCUCAUCAAAACUCGCACAGAUAUUCUCUCUUACGAUCCCAACAAAACCAUUCUUCCUAAAUUCAAUUUCCUUCUCUCAAAGGGUGCUUCAAAUUCAGACCUUGUUCACAUCAUCACCAGAAAUCCUCUUAUGUUGUCUCAAAGCUUGCAAAAUACAAUAACCCCUUGUUAUGAUUUUAUCAAAAGAUUCUUACUUUCUGAUCAAUCUACCAUUGCAUCUCUCAAACAUUGCUCUUGUUUCCUUUAUUCUAAAUACCCAUCUCACAAUAUUCAGCUACUGCUUCAAUAUGGGGUCCCUGAGUCUAAACUUCUUAUUUUGUUUCAAAAUCAUUAUUACAUACUCUCUCAGAAUCCUUCAAUAUUUGAGAAGGGUAUAGCGGAAGUUAAAGAAUUAGGAUUUGACCCCAAAACAACCCUUUUCAUCGUCGCAUUGCGGGCUAAGAUUAAUAGCAAAUCCCAUUGGGAAAGGAAGAUUUAUUUGUAUAAGAAAUGGGGUUGGUCUGAUGAAAUUAUCGCCUCAGCAUUUUUGAAGUAUCCAUGGUGUAUGUUGGCAUCUGAGGAAAAAAUUGAGGCGGUGAUGCAGUUUCUUGUUAAUCACAUGGGUUGGGAAUCUAAUGUACUUGCCAAACAUCCGAUGCUUCUUAUGAUGAGUUUAGAGAAAAGGGUUAUUCCUAGGGCUUUUGUUUUGAAAUUUCUUCAAUCCAAAGGUUUGAUUAAGGAUGCUAAGUUGGCUGCACCUUUCAAAGUCUCUGAGGAUCUGUUUUUGAAGAGAUAUGUGAAUUGCUUUGAGGAAGAAGCAUCUCAGCUGUUGAAGUUGUAUGAAGAGAAAAGAGAUGCUUCAACUUUCAAAUAAGGUUUUGAAAAAAGAUUCGCAGCCACGAUCUUGGAAGCAACACAAAGGGUCUCUGCUGCAAUUUAGAACCUUGUUUUGAAGAUGGCACAGAUAUGCAAGUUGAAGUGGCGUUUCACAUCUCAUUGACCUUUUUUGGGGCGUUUGAAAUAGUCUAUAGUUUAAUUGUAAACCUUGUGAGGAUCCCGCGAUUUGUGGCUCAGAUGGCUUCAUAUUCGAGCAUGAUAUCAUUAUUCUUAUUUAGUUUAUGGUGCAAUGCCCUUUUUAUUUUGAUACAAAUUUGGUUAGUAGCAGGAUUUGUUAUACAUGUGCAUUUAGGUUCUUCUCGUGACUGUGUUGUGCUUCUGGUAAUAGGGCCUUACCGUUUGUCCUAACCUUGCACUGGUAUUUUACUCUGCAUGAUAUUCCUGAGGCUCACAAGAGAGAUAUCAGUGCUGCUUGGUAGUAAUUUAUUCCAUCCUGCUUCUGAGUUCCUGCGCACGAUAGAUUAGGUGUGUCUAAUCAUCUAAUGUAUAUGGGGAAAAUACUUUGAAUCACUUUUUAAUUUUUC